CAACUUUUAUUUUGAAAAGGUGUAACAGGAAACGGGGGUAUUAAUGUAAAUUUACGAGGCUAGCAGCAGCACGGUUGUCAAGCCGAGGGGCUGCGGGCGUGAAUGACGACUUUCCCCCCCGAAGAGGCGACAAAGUCCGCGCAGUGUUGACUGAAGGCAGCCAUGUCGCCAUCGAUCCAGCUCCAGGAGAUGAUCCGGGCCAUCAGGUCUGCCAGGACCCAGUGUGAGGAGCGGGGUGUCAUCCAGAGGGAGUGUGCCGCCAUCCGGGCCCAGUUCCGGCAAUCUGACAGCGACGGUCGAUCCCACAACCUGGCCAAGCUGCUCUACGUGCACAUGCUGGGCUACCCCGCGCAUUUUGGCCAGAUGGAGUGUGUGCGGAUGAUCGCCAGCCCUCGCUACAGCGAGAAGCGCGUGGGCUACUUGGGCGCCAUGAUGCUGCUGGACGAGAAGCAGGACGCCUGCCUGCUCAUCACCAACUCCAUCAAGAAUGACCUGUCUCACAGCAGCCAGUACGUGCAGUCUCUGGCUCUGUGCACGCUCGCCUGUAUCGGCUCAGCUGAGAUGUGCAGAGAUCUGGCGCCGGAGAUCGACAGGCUGCUUCGAGCCUCCAACUCCUACAUCAAGAAGAAGGCUGCUCUGUGCGCUAUACACAUCGUGAGAAAAGUUCCCGAGCUCGGGGAGCUGUUCGCCCCGACGGCUCGCGCCCUCCUGGUGGAAAAGCACCACGGUGUGCUCCACGGCGCCGUAGUGCUCAUCACGCAGCUGUGCGUGUGCACCGAGACACUCGAGCGCUUCAGAAAGGCAGUGCCAGAUCUGGUUCGGAUCAUGAAAGGCUUGGUCACCUCCGGGUAUUCUCCAGAGCACGAUGUGGCCGGGAUCAGCGACCCUUUCCUGCAGGUACGCAUCUUGAGACUGCUGAGAAUCCUCGGUCGCAACAACGAGGCAGCGAGUGACGCCAUGAACGACCUCCUGGCUCAGGUCGCCACCAACACGGACAGCACCAAGACCGUGGGCAACGCGGUGCUGUAUGAGACCGUGCUUACGGUGCUGGACAUCAAGUCGGAGAGUGGCCUCAGGGUCCUGGCUGUGAACAUCUUGGGACGCUUCCUCCUGAACAACGACAGAAACAUUAGGUACAUCGCCAUGAAUUCACUGCAAAAGAUUGUUGGGACGGACAACAUAGCCGUGCAGCGGCACAGAGGAACCAUCGUGGACUGCUUGAAAGACGCCGACGCCUCUGUCAAACGCCGCGCCUUGGAGCUCUCCUUGGCCUUGGUGUCCGCCAGCAACAUCCGCUCCAUGAUGAAGGAGCUCCUCGUCUUCCUCUCCUCCUGCCCGCCCGAACUCCGAGCCGAAGCCGCCAGCGGCAUAUUCCACGCCGCGGAGAGGUAUGCACCCUCCCAGCGUUGGCACAUUGACACCAUCCUGCAUGUCCUCACCACGGCCGGAGGUGACGUGAGGGAUGAAACCGUCCCCAACUUGAUCCAGCUCAUCACCACCGCUUCUGACCUGCACUGUUACACCGUGCACAAACUCUACCGGGCGCUCUUCAAAGACAUCUCUCAGCACCCCCUGGUGCAGGUGGCGUGCUGGUGCAUAGGCGAGUACGGCGACCUGCUGCUGAAAGGAGAGUGCCAGGAGAUGGAGCCUGUUGAGGUGACUGAGGACAGCGUGCUGGAUGCCCUGGAAACGGUUCUGCAAUCCCACAUGUCCACCCCGGUGACCAGAGGCUUCGCUCUCACCGCCACAAUGAAACUGAGCACCCGCAUCACCGAGAACGUGGACCGCAUCCGCAGCAUCGUGAGUAUUUACGGCAGCUGCAUCGACGUGGAGCUCCAGCAGAGGGCGGUGGAGUACAACGCCCUCUUCCAAAAAUACGACCACAUGAGGGCCGCCGUGUUGGAGAGGAUGCCUCUGUUCGAGAAGAACUCUCCGGGUCACACCAACGGAGACUCUGCCGGGGACGCCGGCAAAGAGGUGAAGCCGAGGGAGGUCUCACUCCCGCCGCAAGCUGUGAACCAGGUGUGUAACCUCUUGGACCUGCUAGGGGACACGGACCAGCCAGUUCAGCCCGGUCCAGCUCAGGGCAACACAGCAAGACCUGCCGGAGAGGACCUCCUGGACCUGUUGGGGGGAUUUGAACCACCGACCCCACCCACCGCAGCCCCCGCCACCGUGUACCAGAAGAACGGCGUGAUGUUGGCGAUGAGUUGCGAGAAACAGUCGGACGCCAACCUGACCGUCACGCUCACCGCCUCCAACUCCUCCGACUGGGAUAUCACCAGCUUCGCACUCCAGGCCGCCGUUCCCAAGAGCGUCCACUUACUCAUGAAGGCCCCCAGCGGAGACCUACUUCCUGCACGAGGCGCAGCGCGGGUCACCCAGCUGGUGGUUCUCAACAACCCCAACAAGGUCAACCUGAAGAUGAGGAUACGGAUCUCCUACUCCAGCCAGGGAAGUUCCACUCAGGAGACGCUCCAGAUCGAUUCCUUCCCCGGACUUGGUGGCGAGGACCCCUGACCACCGCUUGGUAGUGUGCGAGCAUCACCUUUGUCUCCUGAGUAUUCCCAAGUCUCCAUAACGGGUGUAACAUUCAGGGCUUUUAGCAGGUAUUUACUUCCAUCUUUCCUCCUCCUGAGCGGGCGUGAACCACUCCUGCUGCUCCACUCCUCACUUCUCCUGUGCCUUCCUUUGUGUGACCGUGCAAUCAUUCCUUAGCCACUUUUUUUUUGCAACUUCACUAAAGUCUUUUUUUGGACAAUUAGUUUUUUUUUUAUUUCAUAAAAAUUCCAUUUAAUUUUUAGAUUAAUAAAAAUGUGUGAGCAAUAUUUUUUUAUUCAACAAAUUCAGUGUAAAAAAUGUUUUUGUGUAAAAAUAUUAGUUCAAAGCUCACCAAUUUGAGACUGAAGUAAUCGAUCUUGUCUCAAUGAGGCGAGUUUGAAGCCACAAAUAUUUAUUUUUACACUGAAUUUUUAAACACUAACUGAAUAUUUUAACGCUAAUUUUGAUCCCAUUAAUAGUCAGCAUAAUUUAAUGUAAAAAAAAACAGGUAACUAAAUUCUGAUAGAUAAAUUCAUUGUCUAAAAUAAAAAAAAGCUUUCGUAAUUAAACAAAAUCCAGGAAGUAUUCAUAGUGCUUCACUUUUUACACAUUUAUGUCACAGGCUUAUUCCAAAAUGGACCAAAUUAUUUUUUGGCCACAAAAUUCUACACACAAUACCCCAUAAUGACAAUGAAUAUAUAUAUAUAUAUAUAUAUAUAUAUAUGUAUAUAUAUAUAUUUUAUAUGUAAUAAAUUUGCUAAAUAAACACCACAUUGUCAUAAUGGGGUAUUGUAUGUAAAAUUUUGAGGACAAAAAAAUUGUGGAAUAAGGCUGUAACGAGUGUUGUGAUUACUUUCCCUCUGCCAUUUAUAUACUCACGUGGUUAUACUCUGACAGGAUAUAUUUAUUUCUAUACAUGGACCACUUUGGAAUGAAUUGUGGGUUUCAGAUCAGUUUCUCCCAACUUAUCCUUUUUUAAAAAAAAUAAAGUUUGGGAAGCUUG